AUGAGAUGGACAGCAGAUAGCAGAGACAUUAGGAACCCUGACAAAGUGGCAUUUAACCCUGCUUCUUAAAGCUUUUGUUUUCAGUUUUCUCGUAUAUGUGAUACAUUAGGCAGUGAGAAAUUCCAGCUUGUGCUCAAUAGUCAUAUGAAAACAGGCAGAAUGAGGACAGAUCGUGGAAUGGAGUUGCCAGAGGACUUCUGGAUACCGAUCCCUCUGGACACCAACAACAUCACAUCACUCAGCCCUUUCUUAGUUCCUCAAGAUCAUUUGGGGAAUGUGGGCGUGUUUUACUCAAUGGCAGGAUUCAUGUUUUUCGUAUUUGUAGUUGGAACUGCGAUCAACGCCCUCACCAUCGCAUGCACCGUCCAAUACAAGAAGCUCCGAUCCCACCUCAACUACAUCCUGGUGAACCUGGCCAUAGCUAACCUUAUUGUAUCCUGUGUCGGCUCCUUCACUGCAUGCUGCUCCUUUGCGUCUAGAUAUUUUAUCUUUGGGCCACUAGCAUGCAAGGUCGAGGGUUUUAUGGCGACACUUGGUGGUAUGGUCAGCCUGUGGUCCCUGGCUGUGGUAGCUUUUGAACGAUGGCUGGUCAUCUGCAAGCCACUGGGAAACUUUAUUUUCAAGCCAGAUCACGCUAUAGCUUGUUGUGUAUUCACAUGGAUAUUUGCACUGAUGGCAUCCGUUCCCCCUCUGUGUGGAUGGAGCAGGUACAUCCCAGAGGGGCUGCAGUGCUCCUGUGGUCCAGACUGGUACACCACAAACAAUAAAUACAACAACGAAUCCUACGUGAUGUUCCUCUUCUGCUUCUGCUUCGCCGUCCCUUUUGCGACCAUCGUCUUCUGCUACGCCCAGCUGCUCUUCACAAUGAAAAUGGCAGCCAGGGCCCAGGCUGAGUCCGCCUCCACCCAGAAGGCAGAGAAGGAGGUGACCCGGAUGGUGGUGAUCAUGGUGGUGGGCUUCCUGGUCUGCUGGAUGCCCUAUGCCUCCUUUGCAGUCUGGGUUGUAAACAACCGGGGGCAGCCAUUUGACCUGCGACUGGCCACCAUCCCCUCCUGUUUCUCGAAGGCAUCUGCGGUCUACAAUCCUGUUAUCUACAUCCUCUUCAAUAAACAGUUCCGUGGGUGCAUGAUGAAGAUGCUUGGGAUGGGUGGAGAUGAUGAUGAAACUUCAUCAUCAGCAUCAGUGACUGAAGUCUCCAAAGUUGGACCUGCUUAAGCAACAAAACCAUGGACUACAUUUUACACAUGACACCGACUCUGUUCUCCACUGUUUAUGAUUUAUGACAUGUAAAUAACUCUGAAUGUAUGUGUCUUUUGUCGUGUCAAAUGUGUCUGCAAUGUUGAAAUUUCAAAUACAACAAUAUAAAUAAUGUGCAAAGUAAAAAAUAAAAAAAAUAGAAAGAUGUACAGUA